UAUACAUUUUAUACCAUGGAUGGUCAGUCCUUGCAUCCAUAGCUCGGUCUAUGAAUUUGAGAGUAGGUACUUAUCCCUUAGCUUUUCAGCAAAACAGGUGGGGAUAACACCUUAUUAUUUCAAGCUUUAAAGUUGAAGAGCGUUUUCAAAAUUAUUGAAAUGUAACUGUAUGUGGGCUGGACUCUGAGGCUCCGUUGUCUGGAUGAUCCGGAGAACCCAUGCCCAUCCCGGAGAUGUGCCAAGGGGAGGAUGGCUCCCCGUAAGGCUUCUUGCGGUGGCAGACCUGUCUGUGGUGAGAGAGUACCAGGCGUACGCCAUGCUGAGACAGAGGCUGAAUAUGAGCACAGACUCCACCUCUACCCCCUUGUUGACCCUCUGCCAUGCCCCCACCGGGUGACCCCCGCUACCCUCUUACCAUACAGGACUGCCCACUAGAGCCAAGAUGCCCGUGCCAAUCACUUUGCCAUUUUCAUAGGAGACAUUGGACUUAUCAUACAUGUCACACCAGUGUGAAAAUCUAUAAAUAUAUGGAUAUUACUAUUUGGCUACAGUCUAAGUCUGAAUCCGAAAUCACCCACUUGCCCCGGAGCACUCAAUUUGCGCAUUGACGCGCGCCUCCGCCAUGCACGUGACCCAAAACUGAGGGAGUGAAAAGGAUCAAUGGUGUAGGGGCUAAUUUGACCCUGUGAUAGCCACUUCCAUUGAACCAGCACGCAUGCAGGCUCUAGAGCGAAGUGCUAUCCCGACACGUACCACGAUAUGUUUGGAGUUUGCGCAAUUUAAUACAAAAUUAUAGACGCGUGCCUAACUAUAUAAAAAGUGCAUUUGUUUGUUUGAUUUCGAGGUUUGACACGUAACAAGUGAAAUCGCUCCCAAAUUAAAUGUUUAACGGUUACUGAGGUUUAUAUCUUAUUACACAACAUGGGGAAUGUGUUAAUUUGAAUUUAAUGCUCGUUAUAUUAUUUCAACGUGGAACAUAAUUGCCUCAUUCAUGUCACGACUGUGUUCCGAAGUUGAAGGGUUUAUUGAUGUCCUUGCCACUCUGCAAGUCACCUUGGAGUUUCGUCAGCAACACGUGACAACGGAGGGCCCGCCGAACGAGUUGUGUGAGGCACUGUGUCAACCCCCACAGUGCCUCAGGGCAGAGAGUCUGAUUGGCUGUAUGGCUCAGCUGAGGGUCGUGGCCAACUAGCAGCUAGCGCUAACUUCAGGUGACUGGUUGUCAUGGCGAUGCAUAGGGACCAGGAGUAUACAGACAUGUAGUCUGUCCAAUCAGAGCUCUCUCCCAUGGGGAUGGAACUCGCCCCCCUGGGAUGCCAGCCAAUCAGCAGGUAGGGAAUUUGUGAUUAUUCAAUUUUUUAUCUUUAUUUAUUUCUCUAUUGUCUCCCCCUUAUUCCUUCAACUGUUUUCCCCGUUUCUCCAUCCCUGGCCCCGUCCCUCUCCCUGUAUGUGUUCCGUUCCUGUCGAUGGGAGGUGAGCUAGGUUGGAGGGAGGUAGUGAGUCGUGGUAACAGUGUUCUGAGUGGUCAGUACUCUGUAGAGGACGUGAGAGGAGAGGUUGGUCAUCUCUACUGCAGACUAGUGUUCCUGUUUAAUGAAGGACUGGUCCAGUCAGAGAGCUGCCUCACUGACCCCACAACCACAGCAGCCUCCACUCAGAAGAAGAGCAGAAGGAAAGCCCUCUGCCCCUCCCCCUGUGCCCUCACAGACACCAGGUGGCACCCUGGCGGUGGAUAAGGGCUUGGUCUGUUGUGCCCACCACAGGGUCAUGGUGGCUGGCCUUGCCAUGCUAGGGGUGGGCUCCAACCACAACAAAGACGUCCUAGUGUCAGUGCUCCUGGUGGGUCUGGGUGGAGGAGGGCUGGAGCUGGACCCUGCGGUGCUGGACCUGAAGGUUGCAUGAGGAGAGGAGGAUGAGAAGGAGGAGAAGAGGGGAAGACUUUGUGAACAAGUAUCAUGAUCUCAUACUUUACUGUAUAGAAAAUAGAACCAUGUACAGAUGUAGUUUAUGCUAACACUAUCAAUCAAGUAAAGAAUGUUUUAUUCUCAAA